AUGUUGAAAAGCACGUUCAUCACUUCCAUGCUCGCCCGUUCGCCUAGUGCUAGGAACGAAAGGGGAGAAAGUAUCCCAAAAGAAAUGAAUUCACAACAGAGGAGGAACAAGAGCGCCACAAAGAAGGUAUCGUUCCACCCAAUAGUGCAGUGCCGUCCUGUCUUUGCACUUUCCAAUGCGGAGAAAAAUGCUGUUUGGUAUACAGACGCCCAUUUUACUGCAGCUAGAGAAAGAGAAGAAUCCAUUCGAAAUAGUCUUUCUUUACACCAUGGACUGUUUGUACAGAAUGAAGACGAUUUGAAUGCUCAGGGAAUCUUGACGCAGAGCGAUGUCUGGAAGAAGAUUCGCGCUAUUGACGACUCUGUUCUAGACGUUCUUGGUGAACAAGAUGUACAAGAAGCCAGGUUCAACCUGUCUAAAAACAAGAAAACUAGGAAACGUGGCAAAGGACGAGACGGUUCGUUGGCUGUGUUUUCACUGAAUAUGGCGAAGAUCGCAAAAGUGUAUCGGUCGCACUCCCAGCAGGCCUUGAAGGAAGCACAGAGCAGAGCUCGCCGCCAUGAACAGCAUUUGAAAGAAAUCGCUUACAAUCCAUCGAUGCCGUCGCUGUCAUUUUCACGUGGCCGGCUAUCAAAUAAUACUGUAGCUAUUAACACGUUGCCGAAGAAGAUUGGGCCAAGAGAACAAAUAAUAAGGGCCCGACUGGCAUCUAGAGAUAGUUUCCCACUGGUGUCAGCAUGCGCCAACCCCGCUGCCUAA